AUGUCGUUCAAAACAGAUAAGAAGUACGGUAAAAUAUUAGAAGACAAUAUUCAAGCUGGUGCAAAAAUUAAAUUUGACUUAGAAUCGAUAUUAAGUCAAAACGAAAUGUCCAUGUUUAAUCGUUAUAAAGAAGUCGGUGCUAAUGCAGACAUUCUUUUCUUCGCUUUGCUACCUUUAUUAUCACAUUUUGCUCAAUCAUCGACAUAUGUAUCAAUGUUUAAACAAUUAAAGGCAUUAAAUUUGUACAGUAUUGUAAUUGGACCACCGGUUCCACUGCUAUUUCGAAAAAUGGUCGCUUAUUGGCUUUCUUAUUAUAUAGGCUGUGGAAAAUCACCAAAUAUAAAACAUUUAAUGACAGCAGCUAUAAAAGUCACAAAAAUUUUCAAACACGAUUACAUAAAAAGUAUGCCACCUAGUGGAGAUAAUAUACAACUACGAAACAGUGUGACUAAUGGCCCGUAUGGAUUAUCUUUAUUAAAAUUGUUAUCUGCCGGUGAUGUAUGCUUAAUAAAUGAUGAAAUAGAUGGUGUAUUCGUAAAAUGGGGUAUUUAUAAUGAGAAACCAACAGAAGAAAUUUCACUAUUAUGCGCAUCAUUUGACAGUAUUCAUGGAUUAUCAAGAGCAACAUCACUUACAGCUGAAAUAAAUGGUGCUAAAUUGUCCAUUUUAGGUGGUACAACAGGCACACAUUUAGCUACUGUUUUGAAACAUUGGUCAAAUCGGAAUGGUCAAGAUGGUUUGUUUAGUCGCAUGAUAUUUUUACCUGUUUGGUAUCAAGUAGCAACUCGUCCAAAUGAUUUGGAAUUUAAUUUAGAUCAUGUAGCUAUACCAUCCUUUAUUCAUGUUUUUAUUGUAUGCCAUUUACUUAAAUCAGUAGAAUACCAUUUCGAUACUACUGAUGAAUCUCAAAUUUUUGAAACGGGAAGAACAACAAGAAACGCAACCGUUGAUAGAAAUAGUGCUUAUUAUUAUGUAUUUAAUAAAGUUGCUGAUCAAAGUGAUAUGUUGCUCAACCAGCAGUUCAAAGACUUACCACGACAUAUUGCUUCAUUUUAUGCUAAAGUAAAUGAUAUUUAUCCACGUAUUUGUGUUUUACUUAAAUUAUAUAAAAACAUUAUCACUGUUUUAAACGAAUUGAAAAGUAUUAUUGAUUUUGAUGAUGAUUUUGGUGAAAAUGAUACUAAAACACAAAAGUUUAUAGCUGCAACAGUUAUAGUACUUAAUCAGCUAUUUUUAUCCACAUCAACACAAUCUACUAAGUCUAGUAUGCCAGUUCUGUAUAUUGAUAAGACAACAUGCCAGGAAGCCUGGAAAUAUUAUUUGUUUAUUUUCAAUUCGAUAAAAUCAGUAUUCAAUAUUGAUACAAUAAUAGCUGAAAGUAAUACAGGGCGUAAUCAAACCUUCAUUACUACAACUUACUGUAAAACAAUAUUAACGUAUCCUUAUACAUUUUUUUCAACAUCAAUGAUAACUGGUUAUGAUCGUCAUGAUUUAAAAGUAUGUGGACCAUUUAGAAGACAUGCUGAACGUUUUCAUGAAUGCGUCCAAGCGUUGAUUCACGAUGGUCUAUUAUAUAAAGACAGGUUUCUUGUUAAUUGUGAAAUAGCAUAUCAUAAAGUUCCCCCACCAAUAGUCUGUACACGAAUGUCAUACGAAGAAAUUGAAAUGGAAAUGAAAUUGAAAAAAUGGGGUUUGACACUAGCUGAAUACCGAAACAUUCAUCAAAAAUCAUCAUCAAUAAAAAAAUUAACAGAUGUUGCCUCAAAAUUUAUGCUACGACAUUAUGAGAAAUAUUAUCGAGAUUUCCCAAAAUACAUAAAUAAUCAAUGUGUUCGGCAAGACGUUGAUUCAUUGAUUCAAGAUGAUUUACUUGAAGAAGAAAUUAUUAAUGGUCAACUAAUAUUUACUUUAAAGAUGUCUAGUAAGGAUGCGGCUAAGAAUAAUUCUUUGCAAACAUCCUUUUGUAGUAAUGAUAAUCAGUCAUCAGCGACAGAAGAAAUAACUAUCACAUUAAAUACUCAAUCAUCAAAACCAACUCAUUCAACAAUAUUGUUACACCAACGACUAAUAAAUUCACCGUCAGGACAAUCGAUAACUGCAACACAAGAAUCUAUUUCAAAUGUCACAAUAACACAAGCGCCUGUAUCAAAUGUCACGAUAUCACUAUCAGAACAAGUAUUAGACUCUUCGUCAGAAAACAAUAAUACAAUAUUACAGUCAUCGCCCACUCAAUCACGAAACCCUUUAUCGUUAUCUGAAUCGAAUCAACCUAAUCCAUUACAACAAGAACAGUCAACAAUUGAAUCACUCGUUAGUUGCCCCCUUCUAGUUGUAAAGGAAGAAGAUGACUUUGCAGUGGCUGAUGAAACAAAUGAUAAAGUAAAUGGUGGCGAAGAACUACUUACGCCUACAAUUAGACCAAGUGACAGACAACAGAAAGAAUAUAAUUAUAGUAUCAUUUUGCUUAGCAAUCAACACAACAAAAAUGCUCAAUUAAGUCAUGCUGAAAAUAGCAUUGAUCAAUCAAAUGAUUGCCAAUUAAUCGACCUUACAAAUGAUCAGAUAAUGUUUGUGGAUCAACCAGCAACAACCGUUAAUGUAGAAGAACAAACAUUGAUAACAGAAAUAUUGAAUAAUAAUGAACAAGCAUUACAAAAAGGAUGGGUAGAUAAUAACAAAGUACGCAAUGUUCUUAAUCGUGAAAAGAAAAAGCGUAAAAGAAAGGGUAAAACCAACCAUAUAUCAUUCUGA